UUUUGUAUUUUCCGGAAAACUUUUUUAAUUCUCUUUCUCAUUAUACUGUUUUAUAUUCAGCAAUUUAAUAAUUCCAUUUAUUUAUACUUUUUUCCAGAAUGUUUCAACUUUUGUGUUUUCCUGAAAUUCUUUUUUUCUAAAUCUUUACGCCAAAAUUAUUUUUGCGCCCCAAUGUCCCCUUUUUCGACCAAAGUCCAUUUAUUUAUAUUUUUCUCUUAUAUCGUUUUGUCCUUUCUUUUUGGCCUCUCAAAUCUCAACCAUUCAUCACAAAAAUUUUUUUUAAAGUCAUUUUGUUCCUCUGGGACCAUUUUUCUCCCUUCAUUUUUCCUUCCGUUUUUGACUGUGUUGUGUCAUAUAUUUUAUGCGCGCAUCAUUUUCGAUUUUCCUCUUCCCUUUUAG